AUGUCUUCGAAAAUCUCGAUAGAAAGCCAUCGCAAUCAGAAUGCGGCGAAUCGGGAACAGGAUAAAGAGCUGCACGUGACGAAUAAGGAACAGGUUGCGACAAGCAGAGAAGAGGAGGGUACAACAUUAGAGUCUGCGAAAUCGACAACACCGGCCGCGACAGUUGCGUCGCCCGCUCCGGAUGGAGGGCUUCGCGCUUGGUUGCAGGUUAUGGGUUCAUUCUUCCUCAUGUUCAAUUCGUGGGGAAUUUUGAACACUUUCGGCUCUUACCAAGCAUACUAUGAAACCGACAUGCUCGCCUCUACCUCACCAUCCGCAAUUUCGUGGGUCGGUUCUAUCCAGGCCUUUCUCCUGCUUGUUGUCGGCGCUCUCACCGGACCCCUCUUCGACCGGGGAUAUCUUCGCGCACUCAUCUUUGGUGGCACCGUUCUACUUCUCAUUGGCCAAAUGAUGCUUUCCCUCUGCCACGAAUACUGGCAAGUCCUCCUCGCCCAGGCGUUCUGCAUCGGCAUAGGAGCCGGCGCGCUAUUCACGCCCGCCGUCGCCAUCCUCUCGCAAUACUUCUCCACGCGCGUCGGAAUGGCAAUCGGCAUCGCAGCCUCCGGGUCCAGCGUAGGAGGCGUCAUCUACCCCAUCGUAUUCAAAGAGCUCCUCCCACGCAUCGGCUUCGCAUGGACAACCCGCGUCCUCGGCUUCCUCAUCCUAGGCACAAUGAUCGUCCCCAACGCCGUAAUGCGCACGCGUGUCCUCCCCGCAAAAUCCCGCUCCCUACUCGACCUCCCCGCCUUCACGAUCCCCGCCUACGCCUUCCAAGCCAUGGGCUUCUUCCUCGGCUUCAUCGGCCUGUACAUGCCGUUCUUCUACGCCCAAGUCUACGCCCUGCAGGAGCGCAUCACGAACGAAAACCUCGCCUUCUACCUCAUCGCCAUCAUGAACAGCACGUCGGCAUUCGGUCGCAUUCUGCCCAACAUCCUCGCCGACAAGCUCGGCCCCUUUAACGUCGUCAUCCCGUGUUGUCUCAUCUCCGGCGUCCUGUGCAUAUGCUUUAUCUCCGUCACGUCAACCGCGGGCAUCGUCGUGCUGAUGGCGUUCUACGGCUUCUUCAGCGGCAGCUUCGUUAGCAUUCCGCCCACGCUUGUUGUUAGUUUGAGUCUCAAUGCGAGGGAGAAGAUUGGAGCGAGGUUGGGCCAGGGCUUUGCGUGUACGGCUGUCGGCGUGCUGAUUGGUACGCCGAUUGGAGGCGCGAUUCAGGAGCAUAGCGGGUUUGCUGCGCUGUGGACGUUUGGUGGGGUUAUGCUGUUUGGUAGUGCGGUGUUUUUGGCGGCGGGGAGGGUCGCGCAUAAGGGGUGGGGGGUGGGGAUAAAAGCUUAG